UACCGUUCGUAUUUUCGCUAGUUUCGGAAUUACACUUAAGAUGGCCUGUUCUUAACUUCCAGUCCGCCUUCCUGACUGAAAACAUGAUUUUCAGUAUGAAUUACAGAUCAAGACUAAACGCCGGCGCCCAGGAAGCGGGACAGAGCGGUCGCCGGAGUUGGUAAACAAACGCCGCGCAGGCGCACUGACAGCAGGAGGGUAAAGCGGUGGCCUGGUAGCCAAUGGGGGAUUUUUCGUAUAGCGAAAAGAGGAGAAGCAAAACAAAACGCUGCUUCUUGAGGAUACAUGGGACACCUGCACAAGCAUUGGAUUUUUGUCCUGCAACGUCUGAAAGCUACCACGCAGACACCUGCAGGACUCUCUCUCCCAGAAGCAGGCUACGAGCCAAGGGGAAGGCAGAGGACAGAAAUGAAUGUGUUCCCAAGCUUUCCUGGUGGUUUAUGGAAUUCUCCAAACUCCUAUGCAAGGGUUAUGCCUGACGGAGAAGACCAAAGGAGACCAUCCCUGAAAUCAAGUCCAGAUGAAGAACUAAGAGGAAAAAAGUGAAUAUGGUUUUUGCUCACAGAAUGGAUAACAGCAAGCCGCCUUUGGUCAUCGCCACGCUCCUGGUGCCCCUCCAAAACCACAGCUGCACCGAAACAGCCACACCUCUGCCAAGCCGUGACCUGACAGACUUACAUGGGGAGCACAGCUGGAUGAGCAACAGAACGGACCUGCAGUACGGACUGAGACCCGGGGAAGUGGCCACAGCCAGCAUUUUCUUCGGGGCCCUGUGGCUGUUCUCUGUAUUUGGCAACUCCCUGGUUUGUCUGGUCAUCCACCGGAGUAGGAGGACACAGUCCACCACCAACUACUUUGUGGUCUCCAUGGCAUGUGCUGAUCUUCUCAUCAGCGUCGCCAGUACGCCGUUCGUCCUGCUUCAGUUCGCCACGGGGAGGUGGACACUUGGCAGUGUGAUGUGUAAGCUGGUGCGGUAUUUUCAGUAUCUCACCCCGGGCGUCCAGAUCUACGUCCUCCUCUCCAUCUGCAUAGACCGGUUCUACACCAUUGUCUAUCCCCUGAGUUUCAAGGUGUCCAGAGAAAAAGCCAAGAAAAUGAUUGCCGCGUCGUGGGUCUUCAAUGCAGCCUUCGUGACCCCCCUGUUCUUUUUCUAUGGCUCCCACUGGGACAGUCAUUGCAAUUACUUCCUCCCUGCCUCUUGGGAAGGAACUGCCUACACUGUCAUCCAUUUCUUGGUGAGCUUUGUGAUUCCUUCUGUCCUCAUCAUCUUAUUUUACCAGAAGGUCGUGAAGUAUAUCUGGAGAAUAGGCACCGAUGGUCGGACAGUGCGGAGGACGAUGAACAUUGUCCCGAGGACAAAAGUGAAAACUAUCAAGAUGUUCCUCAUUUUAAAUCUAUUGUUCCUGCUCUCCUGGCUACCUUUUCAUGUGGCUCAGCUGUGGCACCCCCCCGAACGGGACUCUAAGAAAAGUUCCCUUGUUUUCACAGCUAUCACAUGGAUAUCUUUUAGUUCUUCAGCCUCUAAACCUACGCUCUAUUCCAUUUAUAAUGCCAAUUUUAGGAGAGGAAUGAAAGAAACUUUUUGCAUGUCCUCAAUGAAGUGUUACCGAAGCAAUGCCUAUACUAUCACAACCAGUUCAAGGAUGGCCAAAAAAAACUACGUUGGCAUUUCAGAAAUUCCUCCCACGGCCAAAACUAUAACCAAAGACUCAAUCUAUGAUUCAUUUGACAGAGAAGCCAAGGAAAAAAAGCUUGCUUGGCCCAUUAAUUCAAAUCCACCAAAUACUUUUGUCUAAUUUCGCAGAGUUCUUUCAAUUAUUGUUAUGUUGCCAGAGAUUAAAAAGCUUUAACUCUAAAAACAGAAGCUAUUUAUAUGCAUUUUUUUUUUCUGUCAACUUUCUGAGGGAAAUGUUUUAUUUUGUAAAAUGCAUUUAACUAUUGAUUGGAAUUUCUGUGGUUUUCUUUUGGUUGCCUUUUCUUUUAGGGGAAGCUUUCACCUUGAGCUAUAGUUAAGAGUUCUUUUACUCUAUUAGUUACGUGCAUAAAAGAGAGAAUGCGUUCCUACUUUUUAGUUACCAUUAGGUCCAAAAAGCAUAAACCAUACACACAGCCUUUGAUUAAUGACUCAAAUUUGUUCUAUUCUGUCUCCUUUUUCUCCUCCCUACUGAAAUUUUAUAACUAUGGGCUUCUGUUCCAAAUGAAAUCUUCUGUCACACACAUUUCAGAGACUUGUAUUUCUGCGACUAAGUAACAUUAAGGGAGUGUUAAUAUUGUAUAUGUUUUUACAUUACUUUCUUCCAAGUAAUUGCUGUCCGGAUCUCCUGUGGAAAGCACCCUGUAUGAUGGAAUACACUGGAACUUUCUGGGAAGUCUUCUGUGAUUAAAUUUGACUCAGGAUUCUUAGAGAAAGAAAACUUAUAAAAU